AUGCAAGAACGGCUGAUGCAGCGCAGGUCUCUAGCAGACCUCGUGGACAUGCGCGCUGCUGAAAGCACGUUCAAGUGUCUUAUGGAUACGCUAGAGGCUCAAGCAAACGAGAUUGGUCAACUCAAGGCGUCUGUGGCGGCAUUGGUGCUCCAGAACUCGGUUCAAAGCGCUUGGAACGACAACGUGACCAUCACCCAAGCGACGCUGAUGCCUCGUAUCGACGCUUUAGAAGCUGCCAUUAAACUACCCAACGUCAGGAACGCGACUCUAGGCUCGAUCGUUGCUGCAAACUACAAGGAAAUCGUAAGCAUGCGAGAAAAAUUGCAGCGCAAGAUAGAUGCCGCCGUCGUCGAAGAUGCUUGUCGACGUGUAGAGACCAAGCUAUCGAGCGCAUUGGACACCCUUCGCAAAGACUGCGUCACCUUGGAGCUGAUUUCACGGCUGCACAUGGACCAAGAUGAAUUGCAUACAAAACUCGCGACCGUCGAAGCCCAAAUCGACUCGAAAAUGGACAAAACUGAAGCGACGCGCAUGGACGCAGUCGCGACCACCAUGCAUGCGUUCAUCCCUCGCUGCUCCGAAAUCGAGCACUCAUUGCAGCAACUCCACGAGAAACUCGCUGCAUCCAACGCCAAAUGCCGGCAGCACGAUCAGCACGUGUCCACAGAGACCGCGCACCUUCGCCAACUUGUGUCCCAGCAACACCGAGACGUGGGAGCGCUACGUGCUGAAACCACGGCGGGACAAGCCACGAUCGAGGCGGCAGUCCAAGCCUGCAAGGAAAACAUCUCCCUUUGCCACAACAAACUGCAGACGAUCCGUCAGGCGCACGCUGAUUUUGCCGCGUCCACUCGAUCGUCCUUGCGCCAGCUCACCCAGACGGGCGAACGCAACUUUCAGAGCCUUCGCGACGAGUUGGAUGGUAAGGUGAGCAGGACCGACUGGGAUGCGCAGCGUCGUGAAAUGGAAGCGCUGGUUCAGACGAAGACACCCCUCGCGGUCACGGCGGCCACGAAAGCCGUCGUCGACAAGUUGGACGAAUGGGUCACUCGGUGCGAUGCGCAUGUUCAGUUGAGUUUGCGGUUCAUCGACUGGUACUUCAAUCGGGGCGACGCGUACGAGCACAACAUGCAGGUCAUGGAGGCGCAACUCAAGCAACUCUCCCUGCGCCACGUCUCUCGUGAACCAUUCGAUGGCCGCGUCCGAUUUGUAUGA